GAACGGAAAUCAACUUUCAGGUCGUAUACCCUCGGAAUUCGGAUCCAUGACUGAUCUUGGACAUCUUGACCUAUCAACAAACAAAUUUAAUGAGUCAAUUCCGAGCAUUCUAGGUGACUUGCUCAAAUUAUACCAUUUGAAUUUGAGCAACAACAAAUUAUCUCAACCAAUCCCACUUCACUUGGGGAACUUAGUUCAAUUGACCGACCUCGAUUUCAGUCACAACUCACUUGAAGGUAGGAUACCAUCAGAAAUGAGCAACAUGCAGAGUUUGGUGAUGCUCAAUCUUUCCCACAACAAUCUUUCGGGUUCCAUACCAUCAACUUUCGAAGAGAUGCGCGGUUUGUCGAAUGUUGACAUAUCCUACAAUCACUUGGAAGGUCCCCUUCCCAACAUUAGCGCAUUUCGAGAAGCUCCGUUAGAAGCAUUAAAAGGGAACAAAGGAUUGUGUGGCAUAGUUGGAGGUUUGUCACCAUGCAAUGUAAGUGGCUCAAAAAAGGAUCACAAGUUAAUGUUUUCUAUUCUGGCAGUAAUUGUACUUCUAUCUGCUUUCUUUACAACUGUUUUUCUAGUGAAAAGAAAGAAGCAUCAUCAGGAUAAAGCACAAAAAAACAUGCAUGAAGAAAUUUCCUUUUCAGUUUUAAAUUUUGAUGGAAAGUCAAUGUAUGAGGAAAUCAUAAGGGCAACAGAAGAUUUUGAUCCCACAUAUUGCAUUGGGAACGGAGGACAUGGAAGCGUUUACAUAGCAAGUUUGCCAUCUGCCAAUGUAGUGGCUGUGAAGAAACUCCAUCUGUUGCAAAAUGAUGAGAAGAAUCCUCAAAACGGGUUCUUAAAUGAAGUAAGGGCACUCACGGAGAUACGGCAUCGGAACAUUGUGAAGCUCUAUGGUUUUUGUGCACAUAAACGACACUCGUUUUUGGUGUAUGAGUAUCUUGAAAGAGGUAGCUUGGCUGCAAUGUUGAGUAAAGAUGAAGAAGCUAAAGAGUUGGGGUGGAGUAAAAGAGCGAAUAUUGUCAAAGGUUUAGCUCAUGCCUUGUCUUACAUGCACCACGAUUGCUUGCCACCGAUUGUACAUCGUGACAUAUCAAGCAACAACAUUUUGUUGGAUUCUGAAUAUGAGGCCUGUGUUUCAGACUUUGGUACUUCUAAGUUUUUGAACCCAGACUCAACUAAUUGGACUGAUGUUGCAGGCACAUAUGGCUACAUGGCACCAGAGCUUGCAUAUACAAUGGAAGUGAAUGAGAAGUGCGAUGUUUAUAGCUUUGGAGUUGUCACACUAGAAAUAAUUAUGGGAAGCCAUCCGGGAGAUUUUUUCUCAUCUUUAUCAACCGGGGCGUCAUCGUCAUCCGCAUCUGCAUCACCUGCCCCUAAAAUGCCAAUUUCGGAUGUUUUGGAUCAACGCAUCUCCCCACCCACAAAACAAGAAGCGGGGGAAAUGGUCUCUUUGGUGAAGAUAGCAUUUGCAUCCUUGAAUCCCAGUCCGCAGUCUCGUCCAACAAUGAAAAAAGUUUGCCAGCUCCUCUCAUCAACUCAGACCCUGCAUUUGUCAAAGCCAUUGCAUAUGACAACAUGUGGUGAAUUGCUUGCUCUGGAUGGUUUCACUACUUGAUCAGGAUAUUUGCCGCUUUUCUAUAUUUCACUUCAUUUGUGUCUGUCUUGUUCUAAUUCUUCCUAGAUGUAUUGGGAAGGGAGGGCAUGGAAGUGUCUACAGAGCAAGUUUAACUUAGGUGCAGCUGCAAAGCCAAAUAAACACGCAUUCCUCCAAAUUAUGUUACUUUGUAAUUUUAAUAA